GCGCCACGAGAAGGCUAUCGGGUACAAACAAUUCCCAACGACGUGCACAACCGAAGGAAGCUAAUCGGCCGUCGCUUUGUUGCUUCACUUGCCCCCCCCCCCACUUACUUUUUAACGCUUCUAUAUUUAUAUAUAUCAGUAUAUAACCACACAUACACAGAGUAAAUACUCCAUUAUAUAUAUAUAUAUAAUCUAUCUAUCUAUAUACUUAUAUAUAUAUAUAUAUAUAUAUGUAGUUGUAUAUACAGAGAGUUACUAGUUUUUCGACUCCAACGUCCAAAGACUACUCUUACCACUACUUUUCUCCGGCUGGAUAUCCUCUGAACUACUUGCCUGUCCGUGUCGUGCCUUGCCUUGCCUCGCCCUCUGAUUCGCCUUUUGCUUGUUUCUUCUUCAUAUUAUUAUUAUUAUUGCUACUUCUAAAUUACGUAUUUUGAUCUGCCUUGGCAAGGGUAAAGGCACACGCUUGGAUCACUUAUUUCGCCGACAUUUAGUCUUGUAUACAUACCAUCUUCCUUGAUACACAUCUUAUCUGUCUGUCUAUGUAUCUAUCUACACACCGAUCUCCCAAAAGCAAGGAUAUAUAUAUGUAUACACGUGCAGAUAUCAAUAUCAAUCCGCUUAGUAGCUUGAUAUGUAGAUGUAUAUCUGCAAUAAAUAGUGGUGAUAACUAUAUAUGAUAUAUUUAUGCAUAUAUAUACUCAACACAGAUACAGACAGAUGACUAUCUAAGAGAAUUUCUGGCAAAACGAUAUAUACAUAUAGAUAUAUAUAUCGGAAUAGUGAACUAUAAAGGAUAUAGUCGGUGGUGAUAAAUAAUACACACACACUUAUAUAUAAGAUCGCCCAGAGAUUUAUUAUUGCUUAUAUAUAUAUAUAAAUAUUAUUAUUAUUAAAUACAUAGGCAAGACCCUGCAACAUGACCGGAGUGGUUCUGGAAACUUUAAGUUGGAGAAAGCUAUCCUUUCUAGGGAUAUGCCUGUUCAUUGCUUUGGUUAUAUUCUUCUUAAUUGGGGGCCUGAUCGCACCGGCGCCAUCACAUGUUCAGACAAUUCUGGGAACAAAGUGCAUUGAUCGUGGGCGGCAUGCCCAUAAAAAGCAAUGGUUUAUCCCAAGAGGAGAGUCUGAAAGCUGCCAGUCAUUGUCGACUUUUGACGAUCCCAAGGUCAUGACAGAGCAGAUUUCUCCAAACCAGAUUGUCUUCACUUUCUGGAUCCCUGGUCCGAAAGGCGGCAAGCAACUGGAUAUGUCCCGCUGGUUUCAGAAUAUCAUAGCAGUACUGCAGUUAGAGAUUGCUUAUGAUGAAAACCACCCUAUGUUGGAAAAUGCCACGCUGGAAAUGGAAGUGAAACUCGGUUACCGAGAUCUUCAUGAAGGGCCAACCGAUUGGAAACUUUUGGCAGAAUCUGUUGAAACCAGGAAACUGGAUUGUUCCAUUGACGAAGAACAGAAGAAAGCACAGAAUCAUUACAAAUGCAAUUUGGUGCCUUUCUUUGAAUUGGGAAGUUGUCAUUAUGAUUAUUAUUUAGUGAAUCUGAGAAUUCCAGUACACGAACACAAGAUUACCAACAUGGGAAUAGGAAAAUUACAAGAUAUAUGGGUUGUUGCAAUUAGUCAAACGGGAGGUUUUACUGAAGUUUGGUUAUCAUUGAAAACUGUCAUGUUCUUCUUGUUAUUGCCCUGCCUGAUAUGGUUUUGGCGCCGGAUCUUGAUGCUGGACAGAGGACCAAACCUCUUGGAAAGAACUUUAUUUUCUCUUGGAAUUGCUCUGACGGUAUUAAACUCACCUAUCGAAUGGAUGACUCUGUGGAUCAACAUGCCAUUUAUGUUGCUACUAAGUGAUAUCCGACAGGGAGUUUUUUACGCUAUCCUUCUCUCAUUUUGGUUAAUUUUCGUAGGAGAGCACAUGAUUGAUCAGAUGGAUCGGAACCGAAUCUCUACAUACACGAAGCAUCUCGCUGCUGUCGGAUUUGGGUGUAUAAUGCUAUUCGUGUUUGAAAUGUGUGAACGAGGUGUUCAACUGAAAAACCCAUUCUUCAGUAUCUGGGCAACUAAAAACGGAACCAACCUUGCCCUCGGAUCAGUGAUACUUGCAGGGGUUGCUGCUAGUCUUUAUUUUGUCUUCCUUUGUUACAUGAUUUUCAAAGUGUUUAAGACGAUAAGCUUGAAAAAGACUGUACUUCCUCACAUGAGUUCAUCUCGCAGAAAAUAUUACCAGGGUCUGAUCUAUCGGUUCAAGUUCCUGAUGUUGGCCACUCUAGUGUGUGCAGCUCUCACCGUAAUCUUCUUCAUCAUUAGCCAAGUGAGCGAGGGACAGUGGAAGUGGGGGGAAGAAUCCCCUUCACUUGAAUAUACCAGUGCCUUCUUCACAGGAGUAUAUGGAAUGUGGAAUGUCUAUGUCUUUGGAUUACUCUGUAUGUACGCUCCGUCUCACAAGACCAAACAGAUCAUCGAUGAUACAGCAGACAACAGCCUGGAAGAAGAAGUUCAACUCACGCAGAUACCUUCGGAUGCAUCUCAGAUUUCUUCAUUCCUCAAAAAACCUGCUAUUGAGUAAUGAUAUCGUGUGAUACCAACAAUCCAUCCAUGCAUCCAUCCAUCCAUCCAGCCAUCCAUCCAUUGAUCCAAACCAAAAUAUGAUAAUCCCCCCCCCCUGGCUAUUAUUUUGUAUGCUCUAUGCCAGGUUCAAUAAAUAAUCAGGACCACUUUUUCAAGGAAAAGGGAGCAGCGGAAUUCUGAUUAUGCAAGCCAUAUAACCAUUCAUAACUUUGUUAGCUUUUGGAAUUUUCAGAAAAUUUUUUGAAUUUGUUUUGUAACACAUGGGAAUUCAUACGAUUAUGCAAAAAAAAAAUAAAAGAUUAUUUUAAAUCAAAAAAAUUUUUUUUUUAAACCACAGUUCAAAAUACAGUUUGAAUUUCUGGCUUAAAUCCCAGCAGUGUAUCAUUAAAUGUGUUUAUAGAGAGAAAGAUAUUGAAAAACAUCAAUACAUCAAAGUGACAAACGAGGAUGCUAUGAGGUGGUCGUGAGAUGUGCUAAAAAUAACAGCUAAAUACCCCUUAAAUCACACUAGGUUUUUGCAUAGUUGUAUGACUUUGUGUGUGUUGAAUACAAAUUUGCAAAAAUUUUCUGAAAAUUCCAAAAGAAAAAAAAAAAAGUUAUGAGGGAUUAAUAUGGGGUGCUUGAGGCAGAAUUCCACCAAGAGAGAGAUUGAAGAUCGAUACUACCAUGCAAGACUUAAUAUCGAAUGAAUUUUGUUGAUUGAUAAACUACAGGUACAUC